AGUCCAACAACACCACCCCACAGCCGGCCCCUCAUCAGUCUCACCAUCAGUCCCACCCUCGAUCCCAACCAUCUCUGCUUCCGGUUCGGGUACGUCCCACCUCAGGCCCUGUUGUCAGCACCGGAACGGCAGGUCUGCAAUCAGUCAAGACACAGACUAACUAUGGCGACGUGCUUCUGCUGCCCCAAACCUCGCUACAAACGGCUGGUUGAUGGGCUCUUCCCAGAGGACCCUCAAACACCCACACCUGUGUCUGCUAAUAUAGACAAGCUGCUCUUUUUUGCUCAAACCUCCCCUGACCAUCUGGACAAUAUUGGAGAGUACCUCGCUCUGAGACUGCGUCGGAGCCUGCAAAGAGAGAGAAACGGGCAUGUGAGUGGCUCUGCAAGUGACGGAGAAGCUGCUGUCAGCCUGUGACUCACGAAAGCUCCAGUUGAUUGUCCAGUUGAUUGUGGAUAGCUACCUGGAUAUACUGCAUAAUAUGCUGGAAACUAGCAACACAGAACUGCAUGUCAUGGCCACAAAUUUGUUUGUGAAGUUUGCCGAGCGAGAGGAAGGGAACACCCCCUACCACAGAUAGUACGACUUCCUCAUCCACCGCUUUGCCUCUCUUAGCCUCACCAAGAAUGUGGACAACGCCGACAAUAUCACGAGACGCAGAUGGCUGGGUUGCAAGGGCUGAGGGGAGUGAUAAAGAAGAUUGUUUGGCAAGACAACCUCCAGAUGAACAUUUGGGACCUAGAUCACAUGAACAAGAUAGUGCCACCCUUCCUCUUCAAUAUGCACAGUCAGUGUCGUCCAGUCAAGGUA